CCAGCGCCGGCGCCCGCGCUCUCGGGGCGGACUCCCGGCCCUCAGCGGUCCCCAGCCCGGCGAUGGCCCCGCUCGGAUACUUCUUAUUCCUCUACGGCCUGAAGCAGGCGCUGGGCAGCUACCCGAUCUGGUGGUCCCUGGCGGUUGGGCCACAGUACUCGUCCCUGGGCACACAGCCCACCCUCUGCGCCAGCAUCCCGGGCCUGGUCCCCAAGCAGCUGCGCUUCUGCAGGAACUACGUGGAGAUCAUGCCCAGCGUGGCAGAGGGCGUCAAGAUCAGCAUCCAGGAGUGCCAGCACCAGUUCCGCGGCCGCCGAUGGAACUGCACCACCAUCAACAACAGCCUGGCCAUCUUCGGCCCCGUGCUGGACAAAGCCACCCGGGAGUCCGCCUUCGUGCACGCCAUCGCCGCGGCCGGGGUGGCCUUCGCCGUGACGCGCGCGUGCGCCGAGGGCGCGGCCGCCAUCUGCGGCUGCAGCGGCCGCCAGCAGGGCUCGCCGGGCGAGGGCUGGAAGUGGGGCGGCUGCAGCGAGGACAUCGAGUUCGGCGGGAUGGUGUCCCGGGAGUUCGCGGACGCGCGGGAGAACCGGCCGGACGCCCGCUCCGCGAUGAACCGCCACAACAACGAGGCGGGGCGCCAGGCCAUCGCCAGCCACAUGCACCUUAAGUGCAAGUGCCACGGGCUGUCGGGCAGCUGCGAGGUGAAGACCUGCUGGUGGUCGCAGCCCGACUUCCGCGCCAUCGGCGACUUCCUCAAGGACAAGUACGACAGCGCCUCGGAGAUGGUGGUGGAGAAGCAUCGCGAGUCGCGCGGCUGGGUGGAGACGCUACGGCCGCGCUACACCUACUUCAAGGUGCCCACGGAGCGCGACCUGGUCUACUACGAGGCCUCGCCCAACUUCUGCGAGCCCAACCCCGAGACGGGCUCCUUCGGCACGCGCGACCGCACCUGCAACGUGAGCUCGCCCGGCAUCGACGGCUGUGACCUGCUGUGCUGCGGCCGCGGCCACAACGCGCGCACCGAGCGGCGCCGGGAGAAGUGCCGCUGCGUCUUCCACUGGUGCUGCUACGUGAGCUGCCAGGAGUGCGCGCGCGUCUACGACGUGCACACCUGCAAGUAG